UUUACUCUUUCCAGGCGUUCCAAGGGAUGCCAUCUCGUAACUGAAGAAAUACUGGCGCAGAUUGCGCCUGGUCUACAAGAUGUCCGGUAGGAAUGUUGUUCCUAUUCAUCCAGCACACCUCUGCUGCGUUAACGAUCAACGAGAAUUUUGAUUCUGAUGUUCGCAGGGAUAUGGACAUGGCGCUGGACAACAUUGUCCCUGAGAGCCUGAACUGGCGUCACACAGACGAGGGUCCCGAAGAUUCUGUCUCGCACACGAAGACAUCCCUGGUCGGCUCGUCCAUCUCGAUUCCCAUCACUGAUGGUCAGUUGAAUCUGGGUACCUGGCAAGGCAUCUACCUCACUGAGUUCAGGCACGCGCCUCACACCCGAAAAAUCGUUGCGACAAUUCUGUCAUAGGCGCCAUCUCGACUGUUCCUCUGCUAGGUAGCCGCCAAAUACCGUUUUUCUGACAACUUACGGUCAUUUGAUGUUCAGCCGGAGUCCACUGCGCGUGGGCUAUCACUAUCUGUCAUUUCUGACAAAUAGACGUUUGUGCGUCGCAGCACGCACCAUGCAG